AUGUUCAGUUUGAGUCGAUCUUUACGUCCGCUCGUGAGUGAGCACCUUUUGUUACCCUUGACAACCCGCGACUCUUUUCCAAACCCCCUUGUUUUUGGAAGGGUUUUACCGAACGAACGGGGGUGACGAAGACCCACGCACUCCUUCCGGUUACCGGUAAACAUUGAUAAAACGCGAUCAGUGAACUGAGGAUUAUAAUAUGGUUUAGUUUUAUGGUUGUUUUUUAGUCCGGAAGUUUUAUGCUUGCCUUAGGAUGUUAGCGUCUGAAUAUGGCACCGUUGGAUUCCAGCAGCACAAGUAUGCCUGUUCCACCAUGUCUGCCGAAACGAUAAGCGAGAGCUGCGGUAGUAGAAAUAACCGAAUAAGAACUAUAAGGUUAGUGAGACCCAGUCAUGGGCCCCUACCACCUCCCGGUGUAAACUACCGUCACGGUCCCUCACUCGGGUUCAGUAUCCGAGGUGGAAGAGAACAUGGAACCGGGAUUUUUGUUUCUUAUGUGGAAGUGGGAUCGGAGGCGAGUCUACAAGGAUUAAGAGUAGGAGAUCAGAUUAUCAGAGUGAACGGGUUCGCGGUCGACGAUGCCGUCCACAAGGAGGUUCUUCAGCUCAUUUCCAACCACACACAUCUUACGCUAAAAGUCCGAGGGGUCGGAAUGAUACCAGUGAAAGAGAAAAAAACGGACGCAUUGAGUUGGCAAAUAAUCACCGAUUGUGGAUCGUCACCGACCAGAGGCUCACCCCAAUUGGGUGAGAAACUGAACGACGUGCGAAUCACCAUCGUGGUGGCACCAAAAAGUAAAUUGGGUUGCGGGAUUUCCAAAGGGCCAGACUGGAAACCGGGGAUAUUCGUUCAGUUUAGUAAAGAGGGCGGGAUAGCGAGAGAUGCCGGACUGAGGCCGGGUGAUCAGAUUUUGUACUGUAACAACGUGGAUUUUUCGGAUAUCAAUUUUAAUGAGGCGGUCAGCUUAAUGAAAUCCUCGCGACAGCUCAACCUGUUGGUGAGAAAAGGGGCUGGUUUGGACUUGUUCCCUGGAGAAUCCAGCGGGUACAACAGCUCGGCCAGUUCGGUAACAGAAGACCAAAGUCCUCCGUGGUCCGAUUCCAAGCGGCUUUCCAUCGUGAAAGAAGAAAACCUGGAUUUGGGAGAGAGGCUUAACCAUUUGGAUAAAUUUAAGAAUUUACUAAACACGUCAAAUAAAUGGGACACCUGGGACGAAGACCCCGAGGAGAAACCGCUAUUUAAACCGACCAUAAUCAACUUGACAGAAAACGGCACCACCAUCCACAAUAACGGUUCAAUAGAACCGAUCAUCGAGGAGUACAGCAGUACCAGCAACUACAACCCGUACCGGAAAUCGUGUACGAUCCAGGAUCAGGAAACUCUGGAAGACAUUUACGCAGUUGCUCAAAAACAACGUGAAACUAAGACGGUCGUGGUGGAUGUACAUCGGAGUGAUGUUGACGCAAGUAGACACGACAAUGGACAUUUGGCGUUAAUGAAGAGUCCGUCCAGCAGUAGUUUUUGUAGCAUAGCCAGUAAGAGCAGUUGCACGAGUAGCAUUACCAGUAGUAUGACCACCAGCAGUUUAUCGUCUGCGAUUACUAUGGAGUUGCAGAGGCGACAGAAAAAAGCGUUGUCGGAGAAACCGUCCAUAGAAGAACAACUGCAAAUUAAGAAAAUCCUGAAAAACGUGGACGACGACAAACAGCACCAGCACAGUAAACUUAUGGACGAGUUCAAGAAGGCCCAUCAGAGAAUGUUUAAGAAUAACGAACCGACUGACGAGGAUCCCAGUAAAACCUCGUCGAUGGAAAACGAUGAAAGACUCAAAAACAACAAAAACAACGAACUAUCCCGAAAACUUGCCGAACGUUUAUCGGAUCUGCAUUUACAAAAUGGCGCCUCGGAUAAUGACACGAAAGGGAUGACAUUAAAUGCCAAAAAGAAUCCCGAAGGUUCGAUGCCUCCACCCCCACCACCGCCUCCCCAGUUCAACGGUACCACCACCACGGCAGAAAGUAGCGCCUCCUCAUCAACCCCGUCAUCCCCAACCUCAUCCACCCGCUCAAACACCCUUAAAAAACCAAAAGCACCUCCAGUCCCGGUAAAAUACUCCAUCCUCUCUUAUAAAACCGCCAAUAACUCACCAAACCCUCCUCCCUCAGUUAAGAAUCAGAGCUUUAAUCAGCCUCCCCCAUGCCCGACUCCUGAUUACGACACCUUAAGUCUCGCAAGUAGCUACGGAAGCGGUUUGACCUCGAAAUCUCCACUAAACCGCACCAAGAAUGACGAUUCCGCUGAGAUGCAAUCGAUUGAUUCGUUUAAAAUCAACAAUUCUACCAGUGAGGUACAACCAAAACCCCCGAGUACUUAUUUCCAGAAAAGGACCCUUGCUACUAGUCUUUCCAAUCAGUCCUCUAAAACCAGCACUAUCAGGAAGAGUCGUCCCAUAAGCGUUACCAUCGGGGAAUAUCCCUCUAUGAGGAGACAACCUGGGAGAUUAGACUUUCUGCAGAACGGUACUGAGGUCAUAAAUGGUCAAAGCAUCGGGAAUCGAUUGACGUCGGAAUUGACUCAGACUUUAAACAGGUCAAACCUGAAGAAAAAAACUGAAUCAAUGGAAAAUUUACUGAACGACUACGGUGAUGAUUCGUCGACGAUAAAAACCCAAAAAAAUGGCUCCGUGCAAAUUUCGGUGAGUAAGUUGUCGAGGGCCUUGGCAAAGUCGACCAGCGAUCUUACCGAAGACGCCGCGUUACCUACGAGACGAAACCGGGUCACUAUUAACGUCAACCUGACCAAACCGGACAGUAUUUUGAAAAACUCGGACGGUGAGAGUGCGAGCCUACGGGGUCACAAGAGUAUCACUUUCGAAGAGACGCCGACCCUGAUAAAGGAUAAGCCAGCGGUGCAAGGGUAGUGCGAGAGAGAGAAACAGAGCAACAACUACUGUGGUGAUCAACAAACGAACGAAUGUUAAAAGCAUUAAUCCGAUUCCCGUCAACGCGCGGCAACACCGUUUUAGAUACAGGUUGCCAAAUGACGCGAGAAGUAGUAGUUAAGCAACCAAAUGAUUAAUGCUCUUAAUGCGAGUAACUAGAUGUGCAAUUAACUUAAAAUUAACUAUACAAUACCAAGCUCAAGCCUUACUAAAUUAGUAAGCAGUAUUUAUUCAAUAUAGACGUUAUUAGGUAUAUAUAAAUAUAUAAUUUAAUUAAUAUUUGUUUUAAAUUUAAAUAUUUGUGCCGAUCGUGUUGUGAUAAGAUAUUAGAGUCGUAAAAUGUAUAUUAAUUUUCUAAUAUGUAUAAUAUGAUAUUUUUCAGUAUGUUUAAUUAUAAAUAAAAAUUGAUUUUAA